AUGGCGACGUCGACCGAUGGACCCGGUCCGAAGGUGCUUGGCGUAGCCAGGCGAACCUUCGGCAUGGCCCUGCUACUGCUAGUGGUGGUGCUGUGGACGGCGUCAAAUUUCCUGGGAAGCACCAUCUUCGCCGAUAAAACCUAUCCCAAGCCCUUCUUCGUGACCUACAUCAAUACUUCGCUCUUUACUCUCCCGCUCUUCAGCACGCUUAUCACGCGGACGUGGGGACUAUGGCGCAACAAGAAGUUGUCCCAGGUCCACUCAUUCCGGAGCUGGUUGCGACACCUGGACUCGGAGGAUCCCAAGCACGAGGAGCAGAGUAUGUUGCGCUCUGAGUCAUUUGACGAUGAUACUGGGCGUGAUCAUGAAAUCGAGAGCUCGCAAUAUUCGCGGUCGAAAUCGGAUGAUGAAAAUUCGAAGUUGGGGCUGAGAGCGACGGCUAAGCUUAGCUUAGAGUUUUGUCUUCUAUGGGCAAAUUAUUUUGCCAUGGCAUGUCUUCAAUUCACGACGGUUGGAAGCACUACUAUUUUGACUUCUACCAGUGGUGUUUGGACACUCGUCUUCGGUGCCAUGAUUGGAGUAGAGAGAUUUACCCUUCGAAAAUUCCUUGGAGUUGUUGCUUCGCUGAUAGGAAUCAUCCUCAUCUCACGCGUUGAUCUCUCGAACCCAGACGCAGGUGAUGCCACAUCCGCCGAUAAUGGGGGAAGUUCUUUCCCCCACAAAACCCCCACUGAGAUCGCCAUCGGGGAUGCCAUGGCUGCAUUCAGCUCAAUCAUGUAUGGUGUGUACACCAUCGUCAUGAAGAAACAAGUGGGCGACGAGUCGCGAGUGAACAUGCCAUUAUUCUUUGGAUUGGUUGGCUUCUUCAACCUUGUUCUCUUGUGGCCUGGAUUUUUUGUCCUCCACUGGACUGGGGUGGAGACAUUUUCACUGCCAGAUACGCGGCGAGUGUGGACUAUUAUCCUGGUCAACUCGCUCUCGUCGUUUAUCUCUGAUAUUGCAUGGGCUUAUGCCAUGCUCCUUACCACUCCCCUCGUAGUAACGGUCGGUCUCAGUCUAACCAUCCCUCUGUCCUUAGUCGGACAGAUGUUCCUGCAAUCCCAGUAUGCAUCUCCGGUAUACUGGCUAGGUGCUGCGAUUGUAUUCCUGUCAUUCUUGGUCGUCAACCACGAAAGCAAGACCCAAGAAGAGGAUAGCAUCUCUGGAGAGACGAGUAGACCGUCAUCGGGGAAAAUGUUAGAAAUCCAACAAUACCUCGCAAUCCAGCUCCGCCUCGGUACUUAUGUUUGUAUUGCAUUGCGGUUGGUUGCCUUUACCCAGAGCACAGUGGAGAGCACAGCUAGGCUUUUAAUCCCUGCACUGACCACUCGUUCGAGAGGCGGUGCGGAGGCGCCAACCAGGGCCGUCCAACGAUAG